AAAAUUCCAACCUCUAGUUUCCUAACAUGAUUCAGGCUUAUACUCAAUGCUGACGUCUAGAGGUAUCCUCCCUCUGUCUGCCCUUGAUGCUUGCACAGCUGGAAUUUAACAAUUCCAACGUAACUCUUGAGCAGGAGGGAUUCCAUUGAAUUUCGGGCUUCAUUUCCAAUCAUUCAGAGGGGAAAACGCUGCAAUAAACUGCUACAAUGAGAAGUGCUUUAUUUCAAAGCCUUCUCUUGAUUACAGCUGGAAUGUCCUUAACUUGCAGCCCCAUCUCUAAUCCGAUGGCUGCUAGCACUACACAACUUGCAGUGGAUCUCUACCAAGUUCUUCAUUGUUCUCCUAAAGAGGAGAACAUCAUACACUCACCGCUUGGUGUCGCUUUACUUCUUGGAACGGUGCAAUUGGGGGCAAAGGGAAAAGCACUUAAUGAGAUAACACAAGCUUUGAAACUGCAAGGAAAUAAAGAUGGUGAAGAAUUCUCUCUGCUCCAGACACUUUUCUCUGUCACCUCAGAAAAGAAAGAAUUUACAUUUAAUCUUGCCAAUGCCCUCUACCUUCAAGAAGGAUUCAUUGUAAAAGAACAGUAUCUCCAUAGCAACAAGGAAUUUUUUCAGACUGCUAUAAAACUGGUGAAUUUCCAAGACACAAAAGCUUGCACAGAGGCCAUAAGUACCUGGGUAGAAAACAAAACAGAUGGCAAAAUAAAAAAUAUCGUUUCAAGUGAAGAAUUUGGUCCCCUCACUAGGCUUAUUCUGGUGAACGCUAUUUACUUCAAAGGAGACUGGAAGCAGAAGUUCAGACCAGAAGCUACCCAUGAGAUGGAUUUUACUAAGAGAGAUGGUUCUGUAACAAAGAUACCAAUGAUGCAUCUUCAGCUGAGAACAAAGUUUGGUCAUUUUUCUGACAAUAAUGUGAGCUACCAGGUGUUGGAAUUACCUUACAAAGGGAAGGAGUUCAGCUUAGUUUUAACACUUCCUUCAGAAGAUGUAACUAUAGAAGAAGUAGAAAAAUUAAUUACAGCUCAGCUGAUAAAAGACUGGUUUGCUGAAACACAAGAGGAAGACGUAGAAAUAAGCCUCCCUAGGUUUAAAAUAGAACAGACAGUGAACUUACAAGAAACGCUGCGCUCCCUCAAUGUAACAGAGAUAUUUAGUGGCGGCUGCGACCUUUCUGGAAUAACAGAAUCAUCUGACAUACACAUUUCCAAAGCCAUCCAAAAAGUUUGUAUUGAGGUCAAUGAAGAUGGCAGUGAAGCUGCAGCAUCCUCAAGCACGCAUAUGGCAGCAAUCAUGAGUAUGUCACAUAACCAGUUUGUGGCUAACCGUCCAUUCCUAUUUAUCCUGAAACAUAAUCCAACAGGUUCAAUUGUGUUUAUGGGAAGGCUGGCAAAUCCUGACAUUCAAAACACAAGGAGAAGAGAUAUGGAGUCACUAUAAUCAUAAUAAAGACAGAAAAAUGUAAUGUUCUAAAAUUAAAGUCUGAUCGCUAUUACAGCCAAACUUGCUGUUUUUCCUUUUCAUUCUUUCAAUGUUAGAGCAUGAAGGAGUUUGAAAUUUCAGAAUAAAAAUGUUAUUUGCUUAGUAGUUGAUUUUCUGUCUUCACAAAGACCGAAAGAAUUUGUGUUCAUUGCAGAGUCUAUACUAAGAUGACUGACAACAAGAUUUCUUUGUAAUGUGUGUAUAUCAAAACAUACUUAAUCUAGUCACUUCUCAACAUGUAACUAAUUCUCUCUGUUCUCAGCUUCUUGGAAUGCGAAGAGGUAGUCUGAUCUUAUCCUCUGAUGGAAAGAUCUUAUAUUAAUUUUCAGACAGUACUCUGUCCACUUUUGUUGUACUUUGAGAACUAAUGCUUUAGCGUGAUUGUUACCCUAGCAUGCCAGCAGAGAAAAUAAUUUUUAUUGCAUUAUGGGACAAAAGAGGACUCCAGUGGUGUUAGUAAUACAAUAGAUUUUUUUUUUUUUUUUUACAGGCAAUCUUACAAUUUCUCUCAUUUUAAUCUCUGACAUGCUCUCUCUUAUCAGCAAUUUGCUGCUGGGGACUCUAUCUUGUCCCUUCCAGGUAAUGAUAUUACACUAAUGAUCUAAUAACACUUAGACUCUGUCCCCAUAUCUACUCUAGCGACAUCAUCAGAGGACCCAACCACAUCAGCCACACCGUCAAGGGCUCA